CAACAGCCACGGCAGUUAGACCGACAUCAACAGCAGCAAAGCGACAGCAGCAGCAGCCGCACAGAGCGACGCUGGCGGGCGCGCCCUCUUGAAGGAAGCCGCCCGCCACCCACCACCGUCUCCUCCGGCGUGUUCAUGCCCCCGGGGCCCCAGGGAGUGCCAUGGCCCGCGCUCGCCAGGAGGGCAGCUCCCCGGAGCCUGUAGAGGGCCUGGCCCGCGACGGCCCGCGCCCCUUCCCGCUCGGCCGAUUGGUACCCUCGGCCGUGUCCUGUGGUCUCUGUGAGUCGGGCCUGCCCGCCGCCCCCGCCCUGCUGCCCGCCGCCUACCUCUGUGCCCCUGCCGCCCCGCCCGCAGUCACCGCUGCCCUGGGGGGCCCCCGGUGGCCUGGGGGUUCCCGUAGCCGGCCACGAGGCCCGCGUCCCGACGGUCCCCAGCCCUCACUCUCGCUGGCGGAACAGCAUCUGGAGUCACCGGUGCCCAGUGCCCCGGGGGCCCUGGCGGGCGGGCCCACCCAGGCGGCCCCGGGAGUCCGGGGAGAGGAGGAGCAGUGGGCCCGAGAGAUCGGGGCCCAGUUGCGGCGGAUGGCCGACGACCUCAACGCGCAGUAUGAGCGGAGGAGACAGGAGGAGCAGCAGCGGCACCCCCCCUCACCGUGGAGGGUCCUGUACAAUCUUCUUAUGGGACUUCUGCCCUUACCCAGGGGCCAUGGUGUCCCCGAGAUGGAGCCCAAUUAGGUGCCCGCACCUGCCCGGCGGACAUCAGGGACUCGGGGGGCAGGCUCCCCUCACCUCCUGACGCCCCAGCCAGUGCGGGGAACCUUUUCUGCACCAUGUAGCAUACUGGACUACUAGGCCUGCCUGCCCUGGGCAGCCAGGGAAGUCACUCCAGCCCCAGCCCAGCCCUGGCUUCGUUGCGGAGCUGAGGGGUACCGAUGAAGACUCGGACUCCUGGUUCCCUGACCACAACUCCAGGGAGGG